AUGACAUCGUAUAUCGAACAGCUCGUGUCGGCAGCUACAUAUCUUGAUACGCCUCCGGAUGAGCAUCAUGAUUUUAGGAAGCCGACAGCUCAAGUUGUGACUUCGCAGCUGACUAUCGCUACUUCACUAGGUAUUUUUGCCUUACUUUCAUUCUCAAUUCUACUAAAAAAGUGGCCCAGGUUAUACGCAAGCAGACGAUAUAAAGAUGACGGCAACCUUCGAUUACCAUCCUGGAAUCAGUCAAGUUUAUUUGGUUGGUUAACAGUGUUGUAUAGAAUACGGGACGAACAGAUUCUAGAAUAUGCAGGUUUAGACGCAUACGUAUUCUUAAGUUUUUUCAAAAUGUGCAUUAAACUACUCUCUAUUUUUUGUUUCUUUUCCAUGUGCGUUAUAUCUCCUGUAAGGUAUCAUUUUACUGGGAAAAUUGAUGAUGGCAACGAUGAUGAUGGUGACAAUUAUUUCACGUAUCUUGUAAAAAGAAUUGUGGAAGGAAAUGGCGAUGGUGAUAACCAUUCAGCUCCCGAACGUACAAAUGUUUACCUUUGGAUGUAUGUUAUCUUUACUUACUUUUUCACCUUUAUAGCGAUAAAAAUGGCAGUAGCUGAGACAAAGCACGUCGUAACUACUAGACAAGCUUACCUUGGUAAGCAAAAUACUAUAACUGAUAGAACAAUCAGACUGUCAGGCAUCCCAAUAGAGCUUCGUGAUUCGGAAGCUUUAAAGACCAGAAUUGAGCAAUUAGGAAUUGGCACUGUCUCAUCGAUAACUAUUUGUCGAGAGUGGGGUCCUUUGAACAAAUUAUUCCAUUGUCGGAAGAAAAUACUCAAAAACUUGGAACUAAAGUAUGCCGAAUGUCCAAGAGAACUGCGUACUCGGCAACCAUAUUCUGAAAACUAUCAUUUGUUAGGGAACCAGCAAUCAAGUGGCGCCUCCCAUGAGGGAAAUGUCUCAUCAAACAAUAACAACGAGGACGAGGGUGUACUAUAUUCCCAAAUUUCCCUUGGAGAAAGACCAAAAAUGAAAAUUGGGUAUCGUGGUAUCUGUGGAAAGGAAGUGGAUGCUAUAGAAUACUUAGAACAGCAAUUAAAGUUUAUUGACUCGGAAAUUAUUGAAGCCAGAAAGCAACACUAUUCUGCAACACCUACAGCGUUCGUUACAAUGGAUUCUGUCGCUAAUGCACAGAUGGCAGCACAGGCUGUGCUAGAUCCUAGGGUGCACUAUUUCAUAACCAGAUUGGCUCCUGCGCCUCAUGAUAUCAAAUGGGAUCACGUAUGUCUUUCCAGAAAGGACCGGUUAACAAAAGUUUAUUCUACUACCGUGUUUAUUGGCCUCUCGAGUUUGUUUUUAGUCAUUCCUGUUUCAUAUUUAGCCACAUUGCUAAAUUUGAAAACCCUUUCUAAAUUCUGGCCAAGUGUAGGGCAGCUGUUAAAAGAUCACCAGUGGGCUGCCAACAUUGUGACAGGGUUAUUACCAACCUAUAUUUUCACAUUGCUUAACUUUGGCAUUCCCUACUUUUAUGAGUAUUUGACUUCCUAUCAAGGAUUAGUAUCAUACAGCGAAGAGGAAAUCUCACUUGUUUCCAAAAAUUUUUUUUAUAUUUUUGUUAAUCUUUUCUUAGUGUUCACAUUGGCAGGUACGGCGUCUAAUUAUUGGGCUUACCUUAGUGACACUACAAAAAUUGCCUAUCAACUUGCUACAUCCGUUAAAGAAUUCUCACUAUUUUAUGUCGACUUGAUUAUAUUGCAGGGUAUUGGUAUGUUUCCCUUUAAACUGUUAUUAGUGGGUAGUUUGAUCGGCUUUCCAUGGGUGAAAAUCAAGGCUAAAACUCCCAGGCAACGCAAUGAACUUUACAACCCACCAAUUUUUAAUUUUGGACUACAAUUACCACAGCCUAUUCUGAUUCUUAUCAUAACACUGAUUUACAGUGUAAUGAGUACAAAAAUUUUGACAUCAGGGUUGGCAUAUUUUAUUAUUGGGUUCUAUGUCUAUAAAUAUCAAUUGAUUUUUGCUACUGAUCAUUUACCCCAUUCUACAGGGAAAGUAUGGCCAUUAAUUUUUAGAAGAAUCAUCGUAGGAUUACUGCUAUUUCAAUUAACAAUGACGGGAACAUUGGCAGGAUUUGAAGGAGGAUGGGUUUUGUCAUCCUGUCUCUUCCCUCUGCCAGUAGUGACGUUAUGUUUCCUGUAUGACUUUGAAAAGAACUAUUUGCCUUUGUCAAAGUACAUCGCAUUGAGUUCAAUUCGGGAGUAUGAAAGGGACAAUUCUACAGUCACCUCUGGAAAUGAGGAAGAAUCCUACGCGUACCCUUACGCCGUGAAUGAAUUAGAGCGUCCAAUGUUAGAUUGA